AUGAAAGUUAUUAUUGUCGGCGGAGGUCUAGGUGGUCUAGCUUGUGCAAUUGCCUGUCGCCGCGAAAGUAUCGAGGUAGAAGUCCUCGAGCGGUCGAAAGAACUACACGAACUUGGAGCGGGCAUCCAAAUCCCACCGAAUGGCUCCAGGAUAAUGCGCGACUUCGGUCUACUACCCCAACUACUCGAGAAAGGGAGUCAGGUGCAAGAGGUAGAUUUCCGGAGAUACAAGGAUGGCCAUCUUCUUCGGUCGAUGCCAUUUGGAGACGAUAUCACGGAGGAAUUUGGGGCGCCGUGGGUUAUCAUUCAUCGCGUGGAUUAUCAUCGUAUUCUUCUUGAUGAAGCAGUUCGACUGGGUGCGGUUCUUGUACUAGGGGCAGAGGUAGUGGAUAUCUCCACCGAAGAACCAGCUGUGCUUCUCGCAGACGGGAGACGCAUAUCAGCGGAUGUUGUGAUAGGUGCUGACGGCCAAAUGUCUACGGCCAGAAAGGCCGUUCUUGGAGCUCCUCAUUCUCCAGUCCCGACGGGCGAUAUGGCUUAUCGAGCAACGUUCUCACGAGAGCAGCUGGAGGCCCUGGGUGAUGAAAAUAUCAACGAACUAUGUAAGAAGGUCGCCGUCACAAGCUGGCUAGGACCAGAAAAGCAUACCAUAUUCUAUCCCAUCCGUGGUGGAAACGAGUACAAUCUUGUUCUCAUGCGACCUGACAACUUGUCAUUGGACUGUCGCAAAGAGGAAGGUAAUAUCGAGGAGAUGCAAGAAAGCUAUGCAGAUUGGGAUCCAACACUACAAAAGCUGGUGUCUUGUGUGCAGUCGGUAUAUAAGUGGAAAUUAACCCAUCUUACCGAGCUAAAAUCAUGGACUAAGGGCUCUGUCGCUCUUCUCGGUGAUGCCUGCCACCCCACCCUGCCAUAUCAAGCACAAGGGGCUGCCAUGGCCGUCGAAGAUGGCGCAGUUGUUGGUAAACUUCUCGGUCUACUGCAGACCCGUUAUUUGGAUCCCAAAGGCUCCGGGACUUCCUCUAUUUCAGCGCGAUUUUCGGCCCAGGAUCUCACAGCCGCGGUGCUGGCUCUCUAUGAGAGAUGUCGGAAAGCACGUACAACCCGGAACGUCCAGGGUGCGGUCAUGAACCGAAGGGCUUUCCAUAUCCCAGAUGGGUUUAUACAAACAUUCCGAGAUUUCCUCUUGGGAUAUGCAGGUGUCACCCGCAAGAGUGAUUGGACAUGGUUGUCUUCUUUUCGACAGAGGCAAACCCUGGGUAUAGAUGUAGUGGAAGAUUGUACGAAGGCUUUUGAAGAGUGGAGAGCAUCGCUUUGA